AUAAUAACAAUCCCCCCUCUUUCAAUCUUUUAAUUUCAUCACUUCCUAAAAAGAAAAACUCAUUUCAAGUUCGUAGGCCUUCAACUCUCUUCGGCGAAAAUAUUCGAAAAUAUUCGUAAUCGAGUUUAAAAAAAUGAUUUCCAUAGCUGCUUCCCGCACCGGCAGACAUCUCCAACGUUAUAUCGACGGUUGUCGUCAAGUUGUCGGAUGUAUUCCUUACAGAUUCAGGAAAAAGAAUCAAUCUUUUUAUGGAUCUUCAAUUGGAGAAGAAGAUAUUGAAGUUCUUCUUGUUAGUUCUCAAAAGGGUCAAGCUUGGUUAUUCCCCAAGGGUGGAUGGGAGAAUGAUGAAAGUAUAGAAAUUGCUGCCCGGAGAGAGACUUUAGAGGAAGCUGGAGUGGUUGGAGAUGUUAAAAGUGAAUUGGGAAGAUGGAGAUAUAAGAGUAAAAGUCAAGAGAUAUUUCAUGAUGGAUAUAUGUUUUCUCUUUUAGUUAAAGAACAACUUGAAGUUUGGCCUGAGAAAGAUGCCCGGAGAAGAGUAUGGAUGACUAUGAAUGAAGCUAGAGAAAGAUGUCCUCAUUCAUGGAUGAGAGAAGCUCUUGAUGUGUUUGAGCUUCAACUCAUUCAUUUACGCCAACAAGAACACGAUGAAAAUGACGACGAUGAUGACGACGUCGACGACGAUGACAAAAAAGAAGAUGGAUCGAAUUGCGCUAUGGAGUUCUUGAUGUCGGAAGAACAAAGAGCUUCGAGAAAGAAAGGGGGAGAUGAUUUAAUUAUGUGUUAUAACUUUGUGUGUUGAUUUCGAAAUAAUCGUGGCUAAUAAGGAAUUAGUUAGGAUUUAAAGAAUGUAAAUCCUAGAAUUUGAAUAUAGUUAGUUCAUGAUCAUUUAUCAU